GUGACAGAAAGAGGAAAAUAGAGAGAGCUUCCAUCCGUUGGUUCACACCUCAAAUUCCCCUAACAGCCAGGGCUGGGCUAGGCUGAAGCCAGGAGCCAGGAACUCCAUCUGUCCUCCAUGUGGGCGGCAAGAAUCCAAGUACUGAAGCCAUGAUCUGCUGCCUCUGAGGGUGCACAUUAAGCAGGAAGCUGGAUCGUAAGCGGAAGAGCUCUGGAACUGGCAAUCUGCUUUGGAAUGCGAGAGUCCCAAGUGGUGGUUUAAUCCAUUGCCCCACAAUGCCCGCCCCUCAAUAAUUAAAUCCUGGACGAAUAAUGAAAGUGGCCUAGGAUUUUUUGUUAAAAGAUAAUGCUCUUCCAACCACUAGGACUAGCCGUUUCGGAUACAUUUUCUGUUGGAGCUGGCCGUCCCUUGACCCAGGCUUGCAGGUACACGCUGUUUGAAAGAUCUGAGUUCUCAGCUUGUAGCCCUACCGCCUACAUCACGUGGAAUCCAAGGGCGUGAAUCUGACGACUGAUCCAAGGAGCCACUACUCUCUGCCUUCCAGUCAGUGAGCCGGAAAGAACACCUUCAGGGGCCGCUGGGAUCCCAGGAAAAGAUGCGUGAUCCGGUUUUUACUCGCCCCAGGCAGCGCUCUCCACAAACCACCUCCUCCAGCGCGCCAAGCCGUUAGCCCCGCCCGGUCCAGCUCGGCUCCACCCAUCUGGCGCGCCCACGGGUGCUAAACCUAGCCGCCAGGGAACGCGACGCAUUCCCAAGCUCCGCCUCCGGGGCCAGGGCGCGCUCCCCCUCCCUGCUCGGCCUAAGCAGUUCCGUUAGCAGCCGGAGGAAAAACCGUCCUUUCGGGUCCCCGCCUCUACUAACGCUUUACUCCCUACUCCCCCUGCGACCACUCCACAGGCGGCUACGGAGGCCCCUGAAGUACACAUAUCCCCCAGGCCCCGGCGCAGCCUGACAGGUUUUGUCCUUUCCUACCCCCUCCAGCCCUAAGGACCAAUGUUCAAUCUCUGCCAGGAACCCGGACUCGAGAGUUUGUUCGGGCUUCAGCAGCUUCGACAUUCUUCACGGAAGUAAAAGUGGUUUGGUGGUGUUCCCCCCGCCCCCGCCCCCACCUCCUGCUGUAGCCGCCCGCAUUCCUCCCCUCCCACCUCGCAGAAUUGUGGCGGGAGGGGGAGGAGGAAGCUAAGGCGCCUGCGCGGAGAGGCCGCUUUCCAUCCGGGUCCCUGUUCGUGCGGUGCAGCAGGUCGGUAGGCGGGAAAUGGCGACUGGCUGAAGGAGCUGGUUCUGUUGCUGCUGCGGGCUACGCGGGAAAGACACCACACAUUGCGCAGUCGGAACCAUUGCCGGAGACCGAGGACACUUCUCUGUCGUCACAGUUAGGUAGAGUUACAGACAUUGAGAGUUUUACUCCCCAAAUGGCUGCUGCGCCAAUCCGAAGCCAGGAGCCAGGUGCUUCUUCCUGGUCUCCCAUGUGGGUGCAGAGGCCCAAGCACUUGAGCCAUCUUCCACUGCCCUCCCGGGCCACAACAGAGAGCUGGACUGGAAGAGGAGCAACCGGGACUAGAACCCGGCGCCCAUAUGGGAUGCCGGUGCUGCAGGCGGAGGAUUAACCAAUUUUACAUGUGGCACCCAUAAAAAAUGAGGCUGAGAACAAGGAAAACUUCUCAGCAAUCAAAUCAAAUCCAAACCCAACGCACUGCCAGAGCAAAGAGGAAAUACUCAGAGGUUGAUGAUAGCCUACCCUCAGGAGGAGAAAAACCACCCAAGAAUGAAACUGGCUUGUUGUCUUCAAUUAAAAAGUUCAUUAAAGGAAGCACACCCAAGGAAGAGAGAGAAAAUCCUUCGAAACGGAGUAGAAUUGAGCGGGAUGUAGAUAAUAAUUUGAUCACAUCAACUCCAAGAACAGGAGAAAAGCCUAACAAACAGAUAUCUCGAGUAAGACGGAAAAGUCAAGUAAAUGGAGAAGCUGGUAGUUACGAAAUGACAAAUCAACAUGUAAAGCAAAAUGGAAAAUUAGAAGAUACUCCUUCUUCUGGCAGUCCUCCAAGGACUACAUUGUUGGGGACCAUAUUUUCUCCUGUCUUCAACUUUUUUUCACCAGCAAAUAAAAAUGGAACAUCAGGAUCAGAUUCUCCAGGACAGGCUGUGGAAGCGGAAGAGAUAGUAAAACAACUUGACAUGGAACAGGUGGAUGAGAUCACUACCAGUACUGCUACAUCAACUAAUGGAGCAACUUAUUCAAAUCAAGCAGUUCAAGUGAGGCCGUCGAUAAAUAAUGGUUUAGAAGAAGCAGAAGAAACUGUUCAUCGUGAUAUUCCACCCCUUACAGCACCAGUAACUCCAGAGAGUGGUUAUUCAUCAGCUCAUGCAGAGGCCACCUAUGAAGAAGACUGGGAAGUAUUUGACCCUUAUUAUUUCAUCAAACAUGUUCCACCACUGACAGAAGAACAGCUUAAUAGGAAACCUGCUCUUCCAUUGAAAACAAGAAGCACACCAGAAUUCUCCCUAGUUUUAGACCUGGAUGAAACACUAGUGCACUGUAGUCUAAAUGAGUUAGAAGAUGCAGCACUUACUUUUCCAGUUCUUUUCCAAGAUGUCAUUUACCAGGUUUACGUGAGGUUAAGACCAUUCUUCAGGGAAUUCCUGGAACGAAUGUCUCAGAUGUAUGAGAUCAUUCUUUUUACUGCUUCUAAGAAGGUGUAUGCAGACAAGUUACUGAACAUACUAGACCCUAAAAAGCAACUGGUCAGGCAUCGGCUUUUCCGUGAACAUUGUGUUUGUGUACAAGGAAACUAUAUAAAGGACUUAAAUAUCCUUGGAAGAGAUCUUUCAAAAACUAUAAUAAUUGACAACUCACCGCAAGCCUUUGCAUAUCAGCUUUCUAAUGGAAUCCCUAUAGAAAGCUGGUUUAUGGAUAAAAAUGACAAUGAACUUCUAAAAUUGAUUCCAUUUCUGGAGAAGCUUGUAGAACUGAAUGAAGAUGUCCGACCUCACAUCAGAGACAGAUUUCGCUUGCAUGAUUUGCUGCCCCCAGAUUAAGUACAGAGACUUGUCAAAUCACUGAAGGGGGAGAGAAUGCAGGACCCUUUUGGACUAAGACAAAAACAUUGCCAUUACUGUUGAAAUUUUGCAUUUUUGUACCCCGUCUUGCUUUUUCUUAUCUUUGGUGCCCAAUAAUAAUCAAGGGUUACAGAAAGAGACUUUAUCUAUAUCAGAUUGAAUACAUACAGUAGGUAGGCUAAAACAGAAGAGUCUUUAGAACUAGUGCAACUCCAGUGAAAUUUUUUUAUGUACAGGACAUCUGCAGUUUAUAAAGAAUUCUGUUUCUGCCACCAGCAGUUUGACCUGUAGUCACACAGGAUUUUAUGAUAAUAACAGAGAUGAAAAUGGACUUUUAUUUUCUCUCUGUUUGGUGCUCUAAGUGGGUUUGUAGCCACUUUUCUGUUACUUUAUGAUUCUCAUUUCAACAGGAAUGGCCAGUAAAAGUUGUUUUAUUUUUCCUGUUAAGGUUUAUAACCUUUUUACAUUGUUGACCUGUAUUAGAUUAGAAUUUCAUUAUGCAUUCCUUUUAGUUGAGGCGCUUCAUAGUUUUCUGGAAUAGUCAAGUCAGUUUUUAGUUUUUUAUUAUACAUUUGAAUGGCCGUUUUCCUGCUUUGUCUGCCUGCACAUUGUACAUUUGUUUAAAAAUAUUCUCUACUUUUAGUCCAUGUAAGUUUCAUUUAGAAAGACAUGCAUUUAUAUUUUGUUUCUGUAAUAUUCUACUGUCGGUGAAAUCUUUUCAAAAAUCAAGAGACUGGGUAGAAAAGAAUAUACAAAUGACUAAUAUUCAAAAGAUUUAAACCAUUGUGAUGGCGUGUAUUCCCAAAUGGUAAUAUCUUGGCAAUGGCACACAGAUUUAAUGGAUAAAGGUAUACCUCAGACUUCACUGUGUUCACCAAUCUUUGAGGAGAAUGAGUUUGGUCACCUGUUGGGCUUGAUUUAGUUACUGCUGCCUUUGGUUUUCUCCAGGAAUGAAGUAUUCAGCACAGUGACUCAGUAUUUUUAGUUCUUUUGCAUGGGCUGGUAGUACCUCUGUUAUGCUCUCGGUUACAAUCAGUUUUAAAACUCUGUGUAACAGUCUUGGUACCUAACAGUAGCUAUGCAUAAUCCUGUGGCACAGUACACUCCCAAGCCACCAGUGCAGUUAAUAUGCUCUCAUAGUGGUUUUCUAUGCUAUAUGAAAAUAGUCAUCAAGCCUUGGUUCUCUAAUGCAGCUACCACAAGAGGUUGAUAUUUUUAUAGUGGUGUGUAAUCUCCUUUUCGGGAGGCUUUUUAUGGAAGGUAGAAUUUGUAAAAGUUAGUAUGCUUUGCCUCUCAACUGCAUUGACAUGCCACAGGCUCAGACUGUUUUUAUGUAAAGGAUGUCAAAGAACGGCACUUUUUCUAAAGAGAAGUUUGAUAUUUUGUAUGCUUGUUAAGAAAGUACAGUAUUGGAAAUUAAAGGUGGACAACUGAUAAUUGAGGAGUAUGUCAAUUAAUUUUUUAUGUAUAUUACCUGUUUACUUGUACAACUUAUUGUACAAAUUACAUGCAGCUUCAUUUUCAAAUGAAUCCUUAAAAUAAGGAAAUCUUUUUAGGAAACAUUUAAUUUUUUGUAUUUUUGAUUUUAAAGGCAUGAGUUAUGUCAGUUUUCAGUGUAUUAAUGAAGAUUUUAACUUUUCAUCAGGUUAAGUGUUUUCUUACUAUAUUAUCUGUUGUGUAUGUAGUUAGCAUAUUGUGUCACUGAACUGUUUAAAAAUCUAGCAUGUAGAGCAAGCCUGUUUUGUGGAAAAUCCUUAUCAUUAAAAAAUAAUCAUGGCAGAUUUUCUGCAAAAAAAGCAAAAGCAUUUGCAAUUCAGAAUACUGAUUUUUUUUUUUUUUUUAAUUUAAAGAAAGGUAUUUUGCUUGCAGGAAAAAGUACUACGGAUUCAUUUUAAUGAGAAUCUUUGAAAUGUAUUUAUCUUUAGGGCAUCUGGGCAUCUUUAUGCUGUUUGUCUUCUGUCUUUCUUGAAAUAAAAUGUACAUACGUUACCUUUACAUAUGCUCUUGCUCAAAAUUGUGAACCUAGUUACAUUUCUCCUUGCUCCCUUCAUUUUUAUGCUCAAGCAGCAAAACCUAUACAAGAUUUGAACCUUCAGCAUGCAUCCUAAUUGCUGAAAGUUUUCCUUAUUAAGUAAAUAUAGUCUCAAAGGGCUUUCCCAUAUCUUGAAGGGAAUUAAAAGUACCUGUACCAUUGUGCCUGUGGGCACAGUUUUAUGUAAUAACUUAAAAAAAAUUUAAUCAUCUUCUAUUAUGGUAAGGUUGUUUUCAGUCCCGUGCUAGAGUUCCUUUAAGUCAACCGAAAAAAUGAAUCAAGCAUAUAACAAGUUUCCAUAAAGAAAUUAAGGGAAUUUUAUAUGGCCUGAAAAAAUUUAUUGAGAGCAAAUUAAUAUAUAUAUAUUUUCAUUACUUUAUUUGGAUUUUAAAUUUGUUAAUACAAAAGUUAAAAUAAAUUAAUAAAGAGACAAUUUAGCCAGCUUCCUUCUACUUUAAUGUUUUAUCUUCCUAUUAUCCCUUCUUUGUGUGGUGGUAGAUGUUAAACACUUCCAUUUAGUUGACUGGAGGUGUGUAUUUUUUGAAUUGAGAUAUGCCCAGUCCCUUCAGCUCAUACAGGAAACACAAACUCAAAAAACUGACUAUGGUAAAUGCAGGAGAGAUGGAUACCUCAUGUGACCUGCAUACACAUAACAGCUCUGAAGUACAUAUUAAAAUUGUGCUAUUUCCAGUGAUAAAAUGUCUGACUUUUAAAGCAUUCUUUUAAAUAUUUGUAUCAUUAUUAGAGAAGAUGUUUUAUAAAGUUGCUUUUGAAUUUCAUGUAAUAUAUGUAGCCCUAAUCAGAUUUAUAUCACCAUAUUUCUCCUUGGGUCCUAUGAGGGGAAUUGGUGACAAUUCAUAACCAUAAAUUGUUUUAUAUUAGCUAGUAUGUAUAUUUAUUUACCUGAUGGCUUUAUCUGUUUCCCAAAAAUUUGUUUGGGAUUUGUUGAAAGCAUUGUGUAACUUCUAUAAAUGGCUAUUUUCUUGUAACUGUCAGUGAAAUGGAUGUGUACAUUGUUUUUUUAUAUUUCUCUGGUGUUUUUUUUUUUUUUUAAUUUUGUUUUUGUUUUCUGAGGGUUAACAGAGUGGCUUUCUUAAGAAAUUAUUUGGCCAAUGCCUUUUUCAGCUAGAUAUCACUUCACUUUCAUUCAGCCUCCUAAAGAAGUUCAUUUCUCAGUGUUUUGUUCAGUCAACUUGCCUGAAAAAUAGACUUCAUCUCAUCAAUGAAGAAAGCAUUUCAUUAUUUCUACAAAUCUUUCCAGCGAGCACAGAAUUCUUCAUAAGGACCAGAUCUCUUCUACGUCUGUGUCAAUCACAUAAAGCUGAAAUGUAAAGGACACUGAAGCCUUUAUUUAAUUGUACUAAUAUGAUGGUGUUAUAUAAUACAUCAUUAGCUAGUUAAGGUUUCCUGAUCUGACUUCUAAGUUGUCUUCCUAGGUAUUUAUUUGUUAUACUUUUAAUCUUGUGUAUCUAAAUUAACUUAGAUAAUAGUUACCCACCGAAUAACUAUGCCAAGCAACUAGGAAAGAAUGUUUAUUUUAUUUCCCCUUAUAGGGGAAGAGUGGACUGGGAACAAAAAUGUAUGGGCCAAAAGGCCUUAGGUUGUCAUUCAUUCACUUUCUUAUUCCUCUCAUGAGCUAUAUAUGAGUAUAAUAUUUUUUCAGUGCUGAUAUGCUUAUGUCAUUACCUUACAUGUCUUCCCCUGAUUUAAAAGCCUGCUAGGAACUUGUGUAAUACAUUUAAAGAAAGAACCACAAAACUCAGUGUCUUAUAUUUAAAUGCUAAUUAAAUUAUUAUUGAAAUCCAAGUUUCACUAACAGGGAUACAUUUUUAUAAAAUGUUUCUCUGUAUCUUAAAUUGCCCAGAGGCAAGAGGUCUGGGGGUAUAACAUGUUUUGAGAUCUUUUUUAAAAAAGAGAUAAGAGAGCAAGUUUAUACUAGUUGAUGGGUUUGAUGUUAGUAUUUUAAGAUCUGUUCCCAAACCUGACUUGAUUAGGAUUACUCAAAGGAGCUUUUAAAACAAGAUUCCUGAAGCUUACCCCUGGGAAAUGAUGUCUAAAAUGGAGCCGGAGAGUUCUGUAUUGUUUUCCAGUGUUCUAAUAGCCAGGUUUGCAAAAGCCCUGUUCAAAUAACAUGACAGUGGUUUAAAAGUAGGCAACAAAAUAAAAGCUUACUAGACUUCUCUUUAUGGUAGAGAGUUUUUUAAUUUAAACUGGGACCAGAUUUCACAAAACUUAUUGAAGAUACAUGGAGGAAUAAUAAAGAAGAUUGAGGCCACUGCUCAUUACCAUUUUUGUUUUUCAUACUUUUUUUUUUUUAAAGAGUUUGCAUUUCUAGGACUUGGAAUAGUUGAUCUUAAACACAGCUAAAGGACAUGUCCCUGAAUGAGAACAUUAUAUAUAUUAACUGUAAAAUAUUUCACUAUUUUUUUAUUUUAUAAAUCUUUGUAGAAAUAAGCAAUGAAAUACUACUUUCAUCUUUUGAAAUGGGAUUUUUCAAGGCAGCGUCCUUUUGGCAUUAAGGUAGGGGGAGUUAAUAUUCUCUGCCUGUUUCCACAAGAAUCAAUAUAAAGUCACGGACAUUUAAAAAAAAUCUCAAUUUAAUUUUUACUUAUUUACUAUGCAGUGUAGCCGUGAACAAGUAAUGUAGAUUUAGUUUUCUCAUCUUCAAAUGCCCUGAUCACCCUACCUCACAGGGUUGUUGUGGGGAUAAAUAAAACUUUUAUGGAAGCA